GCGGGGAAAGGGGCGAGGCUAAGCGGCCGGGAGGCGGAAGUCGCGCGCCUGCCGCCACCUCAGCUCGGCUUCCCUCAGAGCUCCCAACAUGGCGGGCGUCAAAGCUCUCGUGGCGCUCUCCUUCAGCGGAGCCAUCGGCCUGACCUUCCUCAUGCUGGGCUGCGCCCUGGAGUACUACGGUGUGUACUGGCCUCUGUUUGUCUUAAUAUUUUACUUCAUCUGCCCCAUUCCCCACUUCAUUGCAAAAAGAGUAAGUGAUGACAGUGAUGCAGCCAGCAGUGCCUGCAGGGAAUUGGCAUAUUUCUUCACAACUGGAAUUGUUGUUUCUGCGUUUGGAUUUCCUAUAAUCCUUGCACGGGUUGAAGCGAUCAAAUGGGGAGCCUGUGGUCUGGUGCUGGCUGGAAAUGCAGUCAUUUUCCUUACUAUUUUAGGCUUUUUUCUUGUGUUUGGUAGAGGAGAUGACUUUAGCUGGGAACAGUGGUAGGACAUCGCUCUGAAGCUGGUAAUGUUUUACAGCAUGUAUCACCAUAUGUAUACUCUGCGUGUGUAUAUGCUUAUAUAUGAUAACAUAUGUGUGUGUGUGUGCCUGCUGAGAUGUGUGUAUGUAUGUGCAUCUGCAUGUGGUUUCACAGUAUCAGAUCAUAACGUGCUUUUUAAAAAUGCAUUUCAGCCAAAGGGAAAAAGCCCUUGUGACAACUGUCUUAAUGUGUUCAUAAAAGCUGGAAUUGCUGUUGCAACUUUGUCCCUAAAUAAGUUUACAAAACAGAAGCUGUUUUACUCAUUUUUUUCACUAUAUAUGCAUUAACUUUUGUUUUAAUCACGGUAGUAUCAUCGAUACAUGUGAUACUGGUCAGCAUGCCUGUUGGGUUUUUUUAACCGUGGAGUCAAAAUAGGCCAAUAUAAAGAUUAUCCAUCUUGGUAUUGUCCUACUUGAUCCAUCUUUCUGCUUUGAUUAGGGGUAAAUGAGUAUUUGUUUUUCACUUUAGUAAUUGCAAUUUUAGUGGUUUUUCUUGAUAACAUAAAAACAAAUGUGGGUUAUGCCAACUCUUUUACUACCUAAUGAAAGAAAAAGAAAAUAACCUUGAUUAAAAAUCCUUCCACUUAUGGUGUUCAUUUAAAAAAUAAUCCCCCCCUGCAAGAUACUCAAGCUCUGUCCCUGUUCAACUUAACAACUGUGGAUAUAUUUUGGGAAUAAUAUACUUUAAUGCCUCUUCAGUGCUUAAAGCUGACAUUACUUCUCUUAUGAAGAAACAAAAGAAGAAACUACACUCAGGACACUUACAAUCCCAGUGUAGUCCACAACUCUGUAUUCUCACAUGUAAAAUGUCUGAAUUGCAAAGAAGUGAGUGUUCUGCUGGGUAGGACUUCUGUCUCCUCAGUUCUCAUUGCUCUUAAAACAUACUUAUUCUAUUACUAUUUUUUUAUCUGUAAGAAGAGAUUGUUAUAUUAAAACACUAUAUUUUUAAAUGGCAUUAUCCUAGUAAAGAUUCACAUGAUCACAAUUAUAAAAGUAAACUUUAUUACUAUUUUGACUUGCUGAAUCCUGCAAAUUGUGGAGACGUAGUUUUUUAAACAGCCCUGACUCUAGAAGACAUCUCGGUAAUCUGCAGAGGGGUGAAGGAGGAGACACCUUAGUUUAUUCUUUCAUAGAAAAAUGAACAUGAAAGAGGUGAAGUAAGAAACUGAAUCCCUGCAUAGGGUAUAUUUUACUGUUGCGAGUUCUUUAGACUAACAGAUUGCAAAUGAGUAUUUUAUCGUUGUACGACUGAGGUGCCAGCUGACUGCUGUCACCCUGUGUAGGAGGUAACAGAGUCCACCCCACAAGAUGUGGCAGCUUCACCACCCCACAAGAUGUGGCAGCGCUUUUUGCCCCCUAAGUUGUGUAAAACUCCUUUUGCUGCUCUCCAAGCUCUCUCAAUACUCGUGUACUGCAAAAGCGGUGUCCUGUGGAUGGCUGUGCAGAGCAAAGGGUCACAAAUUAAUGAAUGUAACAUGAGCGCCCUGAUACUGGGUCUUUUGUUCACGCUCAGUGCCCUAGAAAAAGGGUAGAGAAAUCAUUCUGUGGUCCGAGUAAUGUCCUAUCACUUAAGCAGGAAGGGAGUAUCACGUUUCAGAAAGGUUAAUUACACGUUUUAAAUUUAAACUUUGGAUGUGUGUAAAGUGAAGAGUUCAGUGGUGAGGAAUGCUGAGUAGCUGUAUUUUAUACUGAAGUGGGCCUAGGCUGUCAUUCUUGUCCAAGAAGAAUUAACAUUAAAUGACAGGGUUUUUUUCUGCAUGUUAAUGCUUCCUCAAAGACGUAGCAGGAAUAUGCUUGUAAAGAUGCUGUGCUUAAACAAGUUCUUUUACAGUGUCCCCUUCCUGACUUUAAGUGAAAUCUGUUGGACCCUACUGAUUUGUAAAGGACUACUGUGGAAAUUAUUUGUACUAAUUAUGAGCCAGGUUGUUUAGAGUAAUCAUAGUUUCCAUGUAUAAGUCCUGCUUUGAUUUUUUGAAGACGUUGCUUUUUUUUCUAUACCAUGGCAUUUUUUCAUUCAAAUUGGUGAAGUAAAACAGCAACAAUAAUACAUGAUUUAAGUGCCUGAUCCUGUAAAUGCCUGAAGUUGUUGCUAACAAUUUGAUUUCACUCCUGUGAAAGUACUCAUGUGCUUGCAGGGUUGGGUUCUUGAGUAUUUUUACUCCUUAGGAUUGAUGUACCGAAGGCUGCAAUACAAGUCUGCAAAACUACUCAAAUACUGAUUUAAUUUUAAUUUCAAGACAGUGCAGUGUAAAAAAACAGUUGCGAUUAAUUUUUCUUUAAAUUAGAGACUCAUUAUUUGUAGAAUCUGGUCUAGAUCCAUUGGUUAAUAACGUGCUUGUGGCAGAUUGGGAUAGAGGCAGUAAACUUACGACAAUCUAAACUGAAAAGGAGGACCAGAAAGUACAGUCUGGAAGACAGGUUGCUUCUUUGACAAAUCAUUCUGUUGUGCUCUAUUUCCUUUGAUACUACUGUGGCUGGUGGGUGCCUCAUGAAAGGGCAGGUAAAUGUGGAAUAGAGAAAGUUGAUGCUUUGUUUUGGUUUUCUUCUUUUGAAGUGGCUUCAUGCAUUAAUCCUUAAUGUGAACUUCAUGCAGUUUUCACCAUGGACUUCUAUUUUAAAAUGUUUAACUUUAAAAAUGGUGUAUAACAACGUUUAAAUCAUGGAAAUUUUCUUUGACCUCCUUAAAAGGAAAUUUGCUUGAAAUGAGUCUUCGCUAUCAAACAGUCAGGGUAAAAAAAAUAAAAUUCAGUGCUUUUUUUUAUCAAGAGCUUCACUCAUUCACACAAACCUGGUGCUUUGAUGGCCAGUACUGGGCAUACUGUCACCAUCUACCAGUAGCAAUUUACUGUGGUUUCUCUGAAAUUGUUUUCCUAUAUGGAAGUGAAUACUAUGUAUCCAAAGUGCCUUAGUUUCAAUACUGUGCUGAUUUUGUGAGUGCAUAUACAUGGCAAUAUCACUAUGUUUCAUAAUCAGGUGAAAAUCUGUUACUGCUUUUUUAUAAGGCUUCCUUGUCAACUAAUCAUGUUUUCUGUCACUUGGAAUGCAGUGCAGCUUUUCUAACUUUUGUAAACACUAUUUUUAUUUUCUGUGACUGCCAGGUUCUUGAGGUGAUGAAAUAUUAAUACACGGAAAUUAAAACAUAUUCUACUUUUCUUUUUGAAUUGUCUAAUACAACUGACUUUUUGAAUUGUCUAAUAAACAUAUCUGAUGCUUAA